AUGCCACCAAGUAUGACCGAGUGCUCGGCGAAUAAACUGAUACAUGGAGAUGUUUGCCACCGGACAUCCAACAGUAAGACAUCAUCUGGAAGGAACGGUUUCGUGAAGAAUCAUUGCUUGUUCCAACAACCGCAACAGAAGAAUCGGCGCCCGAGUGAGGUGAGGCCCACCCGUCAACACUACCGCUACUACCGCUCGAUUGGAAUAGGGAAUGGCCACUAGAAUAUCCAGCACCAAUAUAGAUUGAAUAAACACAGCUCAAUAAAAUAUGAAAUCGUUGGAAUAACUCGCUACAUCUGUAACUUGUAUAAACUAGUCUUGAAGUUGAGUCAUUGUAACAAGUUUGAUAGGGGUGGAUGCUUUGUAACGAAAUUAUUACGCCUCAGAAUGUGUUGACUGAAUAAUAAUAAUAAUUAUUUAUCGUGUGCCUUUUUGAAAAUGUCAUGCAUCUCAACACACCACAGCAUCACCACAUAAGUACAUCAAUACAUGAAUUACAAACAAUAACUACAGCAGGCAACACGUGGUUACAGUUAACGUUAUUCAGUUCGUGUGGGGGGGGGGGAGCAGUUAUUUAUUCAAUUGCCAUAUACUGGUGGGGAUGAAUGAUUUGUGGGCUCAGGCGGUUUUGUGAAGAUGGACUCUGUCCGCGGGCUGGUACUCCUGGUUGAGUGGGUGUGUCAGGACGGUGGCAUUUCUCGCUCCUGCCCUCACCACUCUCUCCAAGAACAGCGCUUCCAUGUUCUUCAGGUUAACGCCACUGAUUUUGCUUGACAGUUUUACUAUUUUGUGUAGUUGGUUUUGUUUGAGAUGGAUAGUUGAUUGUACCAGGCUUGGAAACAGAAAGUGAGAACACUGAACAAUGGAUGUGUAUAAUAUGGUUCCUAUUCUUUUGACCUGGUAUUUAUUUAAUCUCCUCAUGAAAUACAGUCGUUGUCCCUUGUUGUGUGUUUGCAGUCCGAGAGAGUUUUGAGUCGAUUAUAGUUCCCAGAUAUUUGUAUUGCUCAAUUGAUUCUUUUUGUUCUGAGUCAAUAUGGAUGGGCCCGGUGUCGUCUUUUACGGUUCUGAAGUUUGUCAUUUCCUUGUUUGUUUUUUCACAUUAAGAAUGAGUCUGUUUUCUUUGCAGCAUUCGGUGAAGUGUGUUAUUACUGUCCUGUAGUAAUCCUGGACCCCUCGAUUAGACUGAAAAAUAGGCUAGGGUUGUUGUCAGAUAGCGUAAUCAUAGGCUGCUAUGCUUUCAUUCUUAAUUGGUUAAUAAAGUGAAUAGGCUAGGCGAGGCCACAUGCUUGACUCAUUUUCACCAUUGUUUUUAUUUUGUUUUCCCAAAAGUCACUUUUAAACUAAUCAUUUACAUGAUAGUCACUUUUAAAACUCCAGUCACCCAAGUCAUAGACAGUUCUAUCUGCUACCGCACAGAGCACCAAGUCUAGGACCAAAAGGCUCCUUAUCAGCUUCUACCCCCAAGCCAUAAGACUGCUGAACAAUUAAUCAAAUGGCCACCCGGACUAUUUACAUUGACCCCCCCCCCCCCCCUUGUUUUUACACUGCUGAUAUUCGCUGUUUAUUAUCAUAGUCACUUUACCCCUACCUACUUGUACAAUGACCUCGACUAACCUGUACUCCUGCACAUUGACUCUGUACCGGUACCCCCUGUAUAUAGCCUCGUUAUUGUUAUUUUAUUGUGUAACUUUUAUUUGUAAUUUUAUUUAGUAAAUAUUUUCUUAACUCUAUUUCUUGAACUGCGUUGUUGGUUAAGGGCUUGUAAGUAAGCAUUUCACUGUAAGGUCUACACCUGUUGUAUUCGGCGCAUGUGACAAAUACAAUUUGAUUUGAAUUAAACUCAUAAUUUACAUCAAUGUCACUCCUAUAAACUCCAAACUCCUAGCCAGGUUUUACCUGGUGACAUGAUGAUUUGAUUGAUUAGGAUCACCAUUAGCCGACGCCAAUGGCGACAGCUAGUUUUACUGGAAUCUGACACAACCAAAAAUACAUUAUAGACCAAAUACUUUAAAACAUUAACAUUUAGUGUGCGUGGUGUAGAAGGACUGGUCUCUGUUUACACUGACACUAACAUGGAGAAUACCAGUCAGAACGGGGAGCCAGGGCAGUUCGUAGUGUAACGUAACUGGAGAGGAGUACUUUGUCUCCCAGGCAGCACACACACAUGACACAGCACAAGCCUCCCCCGGGGGAUAAUGGCUGCUGGCUAUAGGAAGUGAUCCCUGGGAGGGCUGAAUGUCUCUGAGGACAGAAGGAGAGAGGAAUGUGAAAGAGCGACACUGUGACUGCUUUGAUGUGUUGGGAGCUUGGGGGAUUGGACACACACACCUGAGGCUACCGCCGAAUUCUAUAUCGACCCCUUUUCCUAUACCCCUCGGGCAAUGUAGAUCUGAAAGGGUCAGAUAGAAACCAAACAACAUGGUAAUAGCGUAUAUCUGGAGCUCCAUCUAGCCCACUGAUAGGCAGAAUGACUAUUCACUAUGCAUCUGACCUAUACACUGCCUUGAGAUAUAAACAAGUGCCUUGGGGUCAGGAAUUCAGCCUUCGGAAGCAUUAGAAUUGGAAUUUGGAGCAUUUGGAAUUCAACAUAACUGACAGGUUGGCCCCUUUGGCUACCCCUAGAAAGAGUUGUUGCUCUCAACCCAAACGUGAUCUUUAUUGAGCUAGUGAUGCAGAUAAUGCAACAGUACCCUUCCUACCCUCCACACCCUUGGUUGAUAGUACUGGGGUUGUAUCACUGCCAAUGGCUGGUCAUGGCUCACAUCAACACCAUUAUACCAGAAACCCUAGACCCACUCCAAUUUGCAUGCCGACCCAACAGAUCCACAGAUGAUGCAAUCUCUAUUGCACUCCACACUGCCCAAAAGGAACACCUACGUGAGAAUGCUGUUCAUUGACUACAGCUCAUCAUUCAACACCAUAGUGCCCUCAAAGCUCAUCACUAAGCUAAGGACCCUGGGACUAAACACCUCCCUCUGCAACUGGAUCCUGGACUUCCUGACGGGCCACCCCCAGGUGGUAAGGGUAGGUAACAACACAUCUGCCACGCUGAUCCUCAACACGGGGGCCCCUCAGGGGUGCCUGCUCAGUCCCCUCCUGUACUCCCUGUUCACCCAUGACUGCAUGGCCAUGCACGACUCCAACACCGUCAUUAAGUUUUCAGACGACAAAACAGUGGUAGGCCUGAUCACCGACAACGACGAGACAUCCUAUAGGGAUGAGGUCAGAGACCUGGCCGUGUGGUGCCAGGACAACAACCUCUCCCUCAACGUGAUCAAGACAAAGGAGAUGAUUGUGGACUACAGGAAAAAGAAGAGGACCGAGCACGCCCCCAUUCUCAUCGACGGGGCUGUAGUGGAGCAGGUUGAGAGCUUCAAGUUCCUUGGUUUCCACAUCACCAACAAACUAUCAUGGUCCAAACACACCAAGACAGUCGUGAAGAGGGCACGACAAUGCCUAUUCCCCCUCAGGAGAUUGAAAAUAUUUGGCAUGAGUCCUCAGAUCCUCAAAAAGUUAUACAGCUGCACCAUCGAGAGCAUCCUGACUGGUUGCAUCACUGCCUGGUAUGGCAACUGCUUGGCCUCCGACCGCAAGGCACUACAGAGGGUAGUGCGUACGGCCCAGUACAUCACUGGGGCCAAGCUUCCUGCCAUCCAGGACCUCUAUACCAGGCGGUGUCAGAGGAAGACCCUAAAAAUGGUCAAAGACUCUAGCCACCCUAGUCAUAGACUGUUCUCACUGCUACCACACGGCAAGCGGUACCGGAGCACCAAGUCUAAGUCCAAAAGGCUUCUUAACAGCUUCUACCCCCAAGCCAUAAGACUCCUGAACAAUUAAUAAAAUGUCUACCCGGACUGUUUGCAUUCUCCCCCCCACCACCACCCCCUCUAUUACGCUGCUACUACUGUCUGUUUACCAUCUAUGCAUAGUCACUUUAACUAUACCUACAUGUACAUACAGUGGGGGAGAAAAUUAUUUAGUCAGCCACCAAUUGUGCAAGUUCUCCCACUUAAAAAGAUGAGAGAGGCCUGUAAUUUUCAUCAUAGGUACACGUCAACUAUGACAGACAAUGAGAGAGAAAAAAUCCAGAAAAUCACAUUGUAGGAUUUCUAAUGAAUUUAUUUGCAAAUUAUGGUGGAAAAUAAGUAUUUGGUCAAUAACAAAAGAUUCUCAAUACUUUGUUAUAUACCCUUUGUUGGCAAUGACACAGGUCAAACGUUUUCUGUAAGUCUUCACAAGGUUUUCACACACUGUUGCUAGUAUUUUGGCCCAUUCCUCCAUGCAGAUCUCCUCUAGAGCAGUGAUGUUUUGGGGCUGUCGCUGGGCAACACGGACUUUCAACUCCCUCCAAAGAUUUUCUAUGGGGUUGAGAUCUGGAGACUGGCUAGGCCACUCCAGGACCUUGAAAUGCUUCUUACGAAGCCACUCCUUUGUUGCCCGGGCGGUGUGUUUGGGAUCAUUGUCAUGCUGAAAGACCCAGCCAUGUUUCAUCUUCAAUGCCCUUGCUGAUGGAAGGAGGUUUUCACUCAAAAUCUCACGAUACAUGGCCCCAUUCAUUCUUUCCUUUACACGGAUCAGUCGUCCUGGUCCCUUUGCAGAAAAACAGCCCCAAAGCAUGAUGUUUCCACCCCCAUGCUUCACAGUAGGUAUGGUGUUCUUUGGAUGCAACUCAGCAUUCUUUGUCCUCCAAACACGACGAGUUGAGUUUUUACCAAAAAGUUAUAUUUUGGUUUCAUCUGACCAUAUGACAUUCUCCCAAUCCUCUUCUGGAUCAUCCAAAUGCACUCUAGCAAACUUCAGAUGGGCCUGGACAUGUACUGGCUUAAGCCGGGGGACACGUCUGGCAUUGCAGGAUUUGAGUCCCUGGCGGCGUAGUGUGUUACUGAUGGUAGGCUUUGUUACUUUGGUCCCAGCUCUCUGCAGGUCAUUCACUAGGUCCCCCCGUGUGGUUCUGGGAUUUUGUGAUCAUUUUGACCCCACGGGGUGAGAUCUUGCGUGGAGCCCCAGAUCGAGGGAGAUUAUCAGUUGUAUGUCUUCCAUUUCCUAAUAAUUGCUCCCACAGUUGAUUUCUUCAAACCAAGCUGCUUACCUAUUGCAGAUUCAGUCUUCCCAGCCUGGUGCAGGUCUACAAUUUUGUUUCUGGUGUCCUUUGACAGCUCUUUGGUCUUGGCCAUAGUGGAGUUUGGAGUGUGACUGUUUGAGGUUGUGGACAGGUGUCUUUUAUACUGAUAACAAGUUCAAACAGGUGCCAUUAAUACAGGUAACGAAUGGAGGACAGAGGAGCCUCUUAAAGAAGAAGUUACAGGUCUGUGAGAGCCAGAAAUCUUGCUUGUUUUUAGGUGACCAAAUACUUAUUUUCCACCAUAAUUUGCAAAUAAAUUAAUUAAAAAUCCUACAAUGUGAUUUUCUGGAUUUUUUUCUCAAUUUGUCUGUCAUAGUUGACGUGUACCUAUGAUGAAAAUUACAGGCCUCUCUCAUCUUUUUAAGUGUGAGAACUUGCACAAUUGGUGGCUGACUAAAUACUUUUUUUCCCCCACUGUAUUACCGCAAUUACCUGGACUAACCGGUGCUGACUCGGUAACGGUACCCCCUGUAUAUAGCCUUGCUUCUGUUAUUUUUACUGUCAUUUUACUGCUUUUAUUUUUUACUAAUCCAGGUUUACCUAACAGUUAUUUAUCUUAAAACAGCGUUGUUGGUUAGGUCUUGUAAGUAAGCAUUUCACUGUAAGGUCUACACCUGUUUCAGCUCAUGUGACAAAUAGAAUAUGAUUUGAUUUGAUUUGCCAAGAGUUCGAUAAAGAUUAGGUUUAGGAGCGGCAAAAAUGUAGCAGCUAGGCAUUCAUGUGUGGAACUCCUGUCUUUUCAUGGAGUAGGAAACACCCUAUUAGAUCACAAUACUGUGGACUACAUUUCCAGUUUCAUCCCAGUUUCAAAGCAGAGUCUGUGCUCACGUGACAGUUGGUCUUCGGACGGUUGUUAACGUGUAGCUAUAAAAUGUGUUCAAAUAUGAUCUGUCUGGUUUUAGCAGUCUGUGGUAGUGGAUGUAGGGCCUAGGACACUAACUGCUUUCUCUGAAAGGUAUAUUUGACUUUAAACAUUUCUCUGUCUGUGUUUCAGUUAGCUUGAAGGUCUAGUUGUUAGCAGUCAGACCUCAGGGUGUAUGUGGGUUAGUGGUGUAGUUUAGAGGGCUAUUUCCUCAUGCUCGUUCCUAAUGGGAGAAUGACCCUGGGAGCCAGUUUGACUAGUUCUGAGCUCCGUUGAGCACGUAGUCCACACACACACACACACACACACACACACACACACACCACAAAGGUAUUUCAGAGAGGUGCAUGACUGGGUCACAUGUGGUUGCUAAGCAGCCAGGGUUUAAUGAGCGACCAGGCUGACUGACUUUAGGUCAUUUGAUUUCAGAGUUUAGUUUUGAGGACAAUAAGCCACAGUUCAGCUCAGCCUCAAUUAAAACCUGUGGAUAGCCCUCUGAGCCCAGGGUCGACAUGAGGUGAUCUGGCUUUACAGGAAGGAUCAACAACACUCAGUCACUGUAUUGAGGGGUCUGUUUUGUCCCUCUGUUUUUGAAUUAAGGAUCUAAGGUGUAGGCCAAUUUUUUUUAAAUCUCAAGAACAGAAGGAUGACUACGUCUAUUUCUUCUCAAGUUUCCCUCUUAGUGUUUUGUCUAUAAAGACGUCUACACUGAGUGGACAAAACUUUAAGGACACCUGCUCUUUCCAUGACAUACUGACCAGGUGAAUCCAGGUGAAAGCUAUGAUCCCUUAUUGAUGUCACUUGUUAAAUCCACUUCAAUCAGUGUAGAUGAAGGGGAGGAGACAGGUUAAAGAAGGAUUUUUAAGCCUUGAGACAAUUGAGACAUGGAUUGUGUAUGUGUGCCAUUCAGAGGGUGAAUGGGCAAGACAAAAGAUUUCAGUGCCUUUGAACAGGGUAUGGUAGUAGGUGCCAGGCGCACCGGUUUGUGUCAAAAAGUGCACCGCUGCUGGGUUUUUCACGCUCAACAGUUUCCUGUGUGUAUCAAAAAUGGUCCACCACCCAAAGGACAUCCAGCCAACUUGACACAACUGUGGGAAGCAUUGGAGUCAACUUGGGCCAGCAUCCCUGUGUGAAAUGCUUUCGAAACCUUGUAGAGUCCACGCCCCGACGAAUUGAGGCUGUUCUGAGGGCAAAAGGGGACGGUGCCACUCAAUAUUACUCAGUGUAAAGGCUCCAUGGGCAUAUAUAAUUAGUUAUCAGACACUGUUGAUCUGCAUACCAAGUUAAACACCGUUUCAUGUUCACUCUUUCACAAAUCACUGACGGAGCGAGCGUGGAACCGAAGGUGUUUAUCCUUCUGUGGUUUUUGGCUGCACUGCAGGGAGAGCGUUCUUAGCACUGGGCUGAAAGUGUUCUGCAUGUUUCUUUAGAGUAGACAGAUUAGGCCUGACUAAAGUAAUCCAUGAUCCAUGAGAUCCAGUGUGUCUGCUGAAAGGGCUUAAGCUUCUAGAUCUGUGUUUAUAUGUAGAUUACAGUUUAACACUUCUGUGAUCAAAGGCUAAUUCAUUCACUCAAAUGCCAUUCGUUAAUAAUUUUUCUCACCUUGCGUGUGGCCCAUGGGGCAGACUGCAACGGUGCAACCACCAUUAGACCUUUCUGCAGACACCACGGGUUAACGUCAGGACGGACUAGGCUACCCAGUAAACGGUGGUUCUAAUGCUCCCUGUUUUGCAUGACCAAUAUAGCAUUUUAAAGAUCAACACCAAAUCCCUUCCAGUCAGCGACACAACCAUCUUCUGUUUUGUCCCUGUAUUUUAUUCUUCUCCAGAACAACCAUGUUGUGCGUAACGCCAGCCUGUACAGCAAACCGUUUGUGGAGCAGUUUGAGGAGACUCCUCUGCUUGUGGCUGUCCUCACCUACAUGGGCUAUGGGAUCCUCACCAUCUUCGGGUACCUGCGGGACUUCCUCCGGGACUGGGGCAUGGAGAAGUGCCAUGUGGCCAGAGAGCGGGAUGAGCAGAAGGUAAGAGAUACAGUCAUUCCUUUUUCCUUGUAGGCUAUUUGCUUUUUUCUCUCUAGCUCCUGUCUUGGAUGUUUCCUUUUGCGAAAGAGCAGACAGAAGGUAUGUUAAGCCUCAGAUAUUUGUUUUCGACAACAGAUCUAGAUUACGGAUUAUCGGAUUACCCCACCCCUGAAUCGGAUUACCCCACCCCUGAAUCGGAUUACCCCACCCCUGAAUCGGAUUACCCCACCCCUGAAUCCUUUUCUUUAACCAUUAAGGGUUUGGAGAAAUAGCCAACCCUGUUACGGGUUAGGGAAAACUUCUGCCUACCUAGUCCUUCAUUGCCAUUCAUUCAUUGCUUCUACUCUAAAAUGCCUCUAAACGGUUUUAUGAUGUACGUUAUUACAGUGCUAAUAUUUACUCUGGCGCUGUGUGAAUCGGGUGUGUCUGAAAUGUCACUGAACGAUACACACGUGUAACAUGGGAAGGUGUGAAAGUGAUGACUCGACAGAUUCCACUACAGCUUUAGUGUGUUCUAAACCUGUUCUUUGUAAACCACAAUGCUCAGUGCAACCGUUAUGCCAAACUAGUUGUCCUAAAGCUGUAGAAGAUACACACCUAUGCCUGAGAAGAUUUUGCGUUGUCUUUUUAACGCAGUCUUUCAAGCAACAGUUAGUGCACAGCAAAUGCUUUUAACGCUUUACUAUUGAACAGUUCAGUUAAACGAUUUCUCUGAAAGCUUGGGAGAAUAACACACCUGUGUGUUUGCAUCGAUUCAGACCGUGUUAUUGAUUCCAACAAUGACUGACAAUUCUCUCUCGCUCUCUGUCUCUCUCUGUCCCUGUGUGUGUGUGUGUGUGUGUGUGUGUGUGUGUGUGUGUGUGUGUGUGUGUGUGUGUGUGUGUGUGUGUGUGUGUGUGUGUGUGUGUGUGUGUGUGUGUGUGUGUGUGUGUGUGUGUGUGUGUGUGUGUGUGUGUGUGUGUGUGUGUGUGUGUGUGUUCUAGGACUUUGUUCCACUGUACCAGGACUUUGAGAACUUCUACACCCGGAAUCUAUACAUGCGUAUCCGUGACAACUGGAACAGGCCGAUCUGCAGUGUCCCAGGAGCCAAGAUGGACCUGUUGGAGAGGGCCACCAAAGACUACAACUGGACCUUCGAGUGAGUGGCCCAGCCUAACUAUAAUAACCCUAACAGGGCUUCUAGUGUGUACAUGUGUGGCUACUAGAGCAUUUUAUUUGGCACCGUACCCGUUGGACCUAGCCCUGGACUAUCAUGGCUAUUACAGGGAGUAGCUGUGUGUGACCUACUGUCAUGUGAAUUUCUAUCUCUAAUUCAACCUAAGCUUGAAUCAUUACCAGAGGUUGUAAGGCUCUGGUUUUAAUCAUCAAUGAUUCAAGGUCCACAACCACGAAGAAGGAUUUUCUGUAUGUUUAUUCAUGGAGAGCUCUGGGGCCAAAGACCCAAACAUACGAUUUUAUACCUCCUGAACUUGACUCCUCCCACCUUUUAGGUGGGUUUUCUAAACAGUUUCCGCCUUCCCCCUUGAAUGUUUAGUACCGCCCCCUCUGUUAGUGGUUUGACACUUCAUGAUAAUUCUAACAUUUAUACUGUAUUUGGGGUGAAAUCCUUUAGUCAUUAUUCUUAAAAUCCAAAUUAAUCUAACACCUACCUAUGUCAUAGAAGGCUGUAUCAUGCCCCCUCUAUCACCUACAGGUCAUUGUCCUACUUACAAUGAUAAGAGAGGGAAGUGUGUCUGGGGACGGACGUGAUGAAUAGAAACCAACUGACAGUAUCUAUCAUGUGGCAUUGUGUGGUAAUGGUUGACCUCAUUCACUCUUAGCUAGGCCUGGUAUGUGAUUGUGUUAGCUGCUUUCACAACUACGUGUAAGUGUUAGGGAACCCGUCAAGACCAAGUUUAAAAACAAAACCUGAUAUUAUUGUCAACACGAUAGCUACUUUUGCUGCUUGUCAAAAAUCACAAGUACAGUAUAAAACAAAGAAACAGAUGCCCUCGUUUGGUGUGUUUGUCAUUGUCACAAGGUUUUAAAAUUCAGAACUAACUUCCUCCACCACCACAACUGUCUAGCACCUACUUAGUGAGUAGUUCUGUCUCGUCAGAGUUGCUAAAAGUUGUCUUUGUACCCAGACACACAGGCAAGGUGGUGAAAGACGUGAUCAACAUGGGUUCAUAUAACUACCUGGGCUUUGCUGAGAACACUGGGAGGUGUGCCGACGCUGCCACAGAGUCUACACACAAGUACGGCGUUGGAGUGGGCAGCACCCGCUAUGAGAUGGGUAAGACUGGGUUAUAAUAACCUUCUUGUAGGGACAAUGCUUUAAAACACUCAUAUCUGUGGACCUCUGUAGCUCAGGUAGAGCAUGGCGCUUGCAACGCCAGGAUAGUGUGUUCGAUUCCCGGGACCACCUGUACCUAAAAUGUAUGCACGCAUGACUGUGAGUCGUUUGGAUAAAAGUAUCUUCUAAAUGACAUAUGUUAUCUAGAACAAAGCACUGAUACAAAACGUUGAUAAAAUAUGCAUCGCAGACAACCCUCUGGGGACAAACUGGCCCACUCAUUCUGUUGUUGGUCUUGUUUGUUGCCGUCUUCUUAGUGGUUUUGCCAUUUUUAAGGAAACAAAAGCCAGGUCCUCUGUUAUCAUGUACCCCACAAUGACAGAGAACAGAAUAUAAUGACAUGUUGGACAUAACAUUUUAGUCAAGUCCUCCUCCAUGCAUUGUUUAUGUCACGCCCCUAUUAUGUGCAGGAAGCUGUUGUUUUGAGGUAGUGCAUCCUUGUACUUACAUGGACCAUGUUGUUGAGUUAUUGUAUUAUAGUAUGACCUGGACAGUUGUAUUGAGUUAAAAAGCAUCUUUGUUUCUACAUGGAUAGUGAUGUUGACUUAGAGCAUCACUGUAACUGAUAUGGAUACUAGUGAAUUUUAGUUAGUACAUCUUUAUUGACGUCAUGCACACUUUAUGUUGACAUAAACACUUGUUAGAGUAAGACAUCAUUUUAUUUACAUGUUCCUUCCUGUUCCUGCUGUAUCCAGGUAACCUGGACCUCCAUGAGGAGUUGGAACAGCUGGUUGCUAGGUUUCUGGGGGUGGAGUCAUCCAUGGCGUUUGGGAUGGGCUUCGCUACCAACUCCAUGAACAUUCCGGCUCUGGCUGGAAAGGUAGGGAGGAAAAAAUAUAUUUCUCACAUGCUUCGUAAACAACAGGUGUAGACUAACAGUUAAAUGGUUACUUACAGGUCCUUUUCCAACAAUGCAGAGUUAAAGAUAAGAUAACAAUUUGAAAUAAAAACAUAGAUAUCGUGACACAAGGAAUAAAUACAGAGUGAAUAAUGAAUAACAAUAUUGAGAGCAAAUAACAUGAGUAGAAAAUAACAUGGCUAUAUACAGGGAGUACCAGUACUGAGUCGACGUGCAGGGGUAUAAUAUAAUAUAAUAAUAAUAAUAUGCCAUUUAGCAGACGCUUUUAUCCAAAGCGACUUAGUCAUGCGUGCAUACAUUUUUGUGUAUGGGUGGUCCCGGGGAUCGAACCCACUACCUUGGCGUUACAAGCGCCAUGCUCUACCAGCUGAGCUACAAGGGGUAGCUACGUACUGUACAGAUAGGUAGGGAUAAAGUGACUAGGCAACAGGAUGGAUAAUAGAUGGUAGCAGCAGCAUAUGUGAUGAGUGUGUGAGUAUGGCAUCAGUAUUCGUGUGUGUGUGUGUUGGGGUGUCAGUGUAAGUAUGUGUGUGGGUAGAGUCCAGUGUGUGUGCAUCAAGGUAGUGAAAAAAAGGUCAAUGCAGGUAGUCCGGGUGGCCAUUUGAUGAGCUAUUUAGCAGCCUUGUGGCUUGGAGAUAGAAGCUGUUCAGGGUCCUGUUGGUUCCGGACUUGGUGCAUCGGUACCGCUUGCUCUGUGGUACUACAGAGAACAGUCUGUGGCUAGGUUGGCUGGAGUCCUUGACAAUUUUUAGGGCCUUCGUCUGACACCGCCUGGUAUAAAGGUCCUGGAUGGCAGGGAGCUCGGCCCCAGUGAUGUACUGGGGGUACCCACUAGAAGUUGACACGGGAACAGGACUCUUGCGGGUCCCACGGGAUUCUGGCAGGAAUGGGAGUGAAGUUCUAGAGUGAAGUUCUGGGACAUGACGGGACAGGAUCAACUGUCCACAGGAAUGGGCAGUGCAGGAAUAGUUAUAAACAGAGUUUUGUUUUAGUGUGUGGAACAUUCCAUGAAAAAAACGACUGUGUGGGCUAGGCCUCUAUAUACUAUAAUAUAUGCUAGGCCUCUAUAUACUAUAAUAUAUGCUAGGCCUCUAUAUACUAUAAUAUAUGCUAGGCCUCUAUAUACUAUAAUAUAUGCUAGGCCUCUAUAUACUAUAAUAUAUGCUAGGCCUCUAUAUACUAUAAUAUAUGCUAGGCCUCUAUAUACUAUAAUAUAUGCUAGGCCUCUAUAUACUAUAAUAUAUGCUAGGCCUCUAUAUACUAUAAUAUAUGCUAGGCCUCUAUAUACUAUAAUAUAUGCUAGGCCUCUAUAUACUAUAAUAUAUGCUAGUCCUCUAUAUACUAUAUAUGCUAGGCCUAUAUACUAUAAUAUGCUAGGCCUCUAUAUACUAUAAUAUAUGCUAGGCCUCUAUAUACUAUAAUAUAUGCUAGGCCUCUAUAUACUAUAAUAUAUGCUAGGCCUAUAUAUACUAUAAUAUAGUUGACUUAAUAAAAGGUCAUUUCCCCCUCCCCUUUAAGUCGGCUCACUCUCGCGCCUCGCUCCAGUUGUAGCCAGUCACCAGGCUACCUCAGAUGCCAACCUACGUCUGUAGGCUAAGUGAUGAAGCAUUCAACAGAGGAAUUGCAACUUUGCAGCCAAGGACCCAUCACUAACAUUAACAUUAGAGCCAAGGAAAGAGCGUUUUGGCUACGUUUGAUGGAGUUGUCUUUGACAAUAAAGGAACCAGUACAUGGCUUGUAAAAAAAUGCUGCGGUUUAAUCAAAUAGGCCACCACCCGGAGAGGGGGACAAGUGGCCUGACGCGGCAUAGCUGCUCUACUCCCAACAACUUUACCCUCAAGCCCAAUUGUUUACGUAUUUAACUAAACCCGUGCCGUAUUGACUUAUGCAGUACUGCCACUCAGGUUUUAGAAUUGUUUUAUGUUCAUGAUGUAAAUGUUAAUGUGUUGUAAAUGUUCCUAUGUGCUGAGCUGUAGGCUACAGAUGUAUGUAUGUGCUCAGCUGUAGGCUACAGAUGUAUGUGCUGAGCUGUAGGCUACAGAUGUAUGUGCUCAGCUGUAGGCUACAGAUGUAUGUGCUCAGCUGUAGGCUACAUAUGUAUGUGCUCAGCUGUAGGCGACAGAUUUAUGUGCUCAGCUGUAGGCUACAGAUUUAUGUGCUCAGCUGUAGGCUACAAAUGUAUGCCGGUGCUGAGCUGUAGGCUACAGAUGUAUGCCGGUGCUGAGCUGUAGGCUACAGAUGUAUGCCGGUGCUGAGCUGUAGGCUACAGAUGUAUGCCGGUGCUGAGCUGACCAUCCUGCUGGGGUCUCUGUCCUCAUCCUCCAGCCUUAAUCCAGCUACAUUUAGGUAUUUUAGAAUACGCUCUCAUCCAGAGCGACUAAAGGCCUACAGUCAGUGCAUUUAACUAAGAUAGGUAAGACCACCACAUAUCACAGUCCCAUAUUGCAUUACUGAAAUUAUUUUCAAGACUUCCUAAUCAAACACAAUAGCCUACAUAUUUCUGCGCGCAAAAAUGAGCACGGGACGGGAGUGAUUGUUAUCGGGAAGGGACAGGAAAGGUCCGGGGUUAUGGAACUGUUGCUGGAUCAGGACAGUACAGGAACUAUUUUUUACAAGACAGGAAUUAAUGUUCUCUCCUGUGUCAACCUCUAGUACGGGCUAUCUUCUGUAGCGGCUUGCGGUCGGAUGCCAAGUAGUUGCCAGACUGUGUUGUUGUGUGUGGACCAUAAUAAUUCCUUAUUGAUGUGGACACAGAGGAACCGGAAGCUCUAGACCUGCGCCACUACAGCCCCGUCGAUUUAAAUGGGGGGCGUGCUCUGCCCUCCGUUUCCUGUAGUCCAAUCAGCUCGUUUGUCUUGCUGACGUUGAGGGACAGGUUGUUGUCAUGGCACCAGACUCUCUGACCUUCUCCCUAUAGGCUGUCUCAUCGUCAUUGGUGAUCAAACUUAAUGAUGGUGUUGGAGUCGUGCGAGGCCAUGGGUGAACAGGGAGUACAGGAGGGGACUAAGCACGCACCCCUGAGGGGCCCCGUGUUGAGGUUCAGCGGGGCGGAUGUGUUGUUACCUACGCUCACCACCUGGGGGCGGCCUGUCAGGAAGUCCAGGAUCCAGUUGCAGAGGGAGGUGUUCAGUCCCAGGGUCCUUAGCUUAGUGAUGAGCAUGGAGGGCACUAUGGUGUUGAACACUGAGCUGUAUCAAUGAACAGCAUUCUCACGUAGGUGUUCCUCUUGUCCAGGUGGGAAAGGGCAGUAUGGAGUGCAAUAGAGAUUGAGUCAUCUGUGGAUUUGUUGGGGCGGUAUGUGAAUUGGAGUGGUCUAGGGUGUCUGGGAUGAUGGUCCUGCUCUCGCUACAUAUAUUUCUCACUCACUCACUCCACAAACAUUCCUGCUCUUGCUGGCAAGGUAGGAAUGCCUCGCUAUCUCUCUCUCACUUUUAUCUCUCUAACUAUGUCUGUCUCUCUCUCUCUGUGUCUCUCAUCUCUGUUCUCUCUCUCUUUAUUAUCUCUCGUUCUCUCUCCCUCUCUUAUCUCUCUUAUCUCUCUUUCUCUCUCACUUUCUGUAAGUCAAUGAACUGAAGUAACCUCUCCUUCCCUGAAAUGAUCGCUGGUGGGCACACAGCGUUUUUCCUCUGCAAGGUUUUUAUUCACCAGUUGUACAUUGGUCUUAACCAGUUGAAUGAUAGGGCAACAUUUUGAUUUCCGCCUAAAUAGACUUACCAAAACGUAAAGAUUUUUAAUGAGAUGGCCAUAAACAAUAACUGGUUAUGUUGCAUAGUUUUAGAAAGGUCUGGAACUCAACUUUCUGGUACAAAUAGUUAUACAUUGCUGAGGUGUACUCACUUGAGGACACAAGCUCAAGUACAUAGUACAUAUAUUAUGAAAAUAUGAAAAAUCAUAGUUCUUUCCUAUUCAACAAAAGUGCGGCAAUGGGGCUUGAAAUGACUGAAAUGCUUUCUAAUUAUAGUAACAAUGAAAUGAUAAACAAAUUCAUAACUGUACAAUAAAUAUGAUAAUACUUAGUGAUAAAACAAUAUUGGCACUAUUUCAUAUAACUGUCGACAGAGAAUUUUCUCCUAAACGUCCACUGAGCAGCACAGAAACACCAUUCCAUGUUUGCAGACUCGUUACUUCAUCUUUAAGCACGAAGUGAUUUUGUUUCAAGAGAAAGUGAUCUUGUUUCAAUUCAUUGAAAUUAUUUAGUUGAGAGGUCUAAAUCCGGCCGAAAAUAUUACACCGAGAUGAAACCACAAUGGCUGGAUUGGUUUGACUGUCACGUUUAUUUGCCCUUUCUGAAGCUGGGCUCGCUCGCUCAGAGGAAGAGAUAAUCGAUUCUUUGUCUGGAUAGGCCAAAAAAAUGUGACACGUCACUCCUUGGAAACGGAGAGCAGACAGAUGUUUUUUUUGGCAUUAUAAGGCAAGGGACCCUACAGCAUUCACAGAGUGCUUUGUACACCAAAAUGUCAGUCGGAACCAGUCCAGAACCACUCAAAGUCCCUCUAGUUUCCUCAAUGUGUUCUCAAAACAUUGAGAGACGGGUCGUCAAUCGUCAUGAUGCCUGAAAGGCCUUUAGCUACUAGGAUAGGAAGCUCUCUCUCUCACACUCCCUCUCUCUCUGCCUCUUUCUGCCCCCCCACUCUCUUCCUGCCUCUCUCUCUCUCUCCGUCCCCCUCUCUCUCCUACUGCCCCCUCUCUCUCUCUUUCUCCUACUGCCCCUCUCUCUCUCCUACUGUCCCUCUCUCUCUCCUACUGCCCCUCUCUCUCCUACCGCCCCUCUCUCUCUCCUACUGUCCCCUCUCUCUCUCCUACUGCCCCUCUCUCUCCUACCGCCCCUCUCUCUCUCCUACUGUCCCUCUCUCUCUCCUACUGCCCCUCUCUCUCCUACCCGCCCCUCUCUCUCUCCUACUGCCCCUCUCUCUCUCCUACUGCCCCUCUCUCUCCUACCGCCCCUCUCUCUCUCCUACUGCCCCUCUCUCUCUCCUACUGCCCCUCUCUCUCUCUCUCUCCUACUGCGCCUCUCUCUCUCUCCUACCGCCCCUCUCUCUCUCCUACUGUCCCUCUCUCCUACUGCCACUCUUUCUCUCCUACUGCCCCUCUCUCUCUGUCCCUCUCUCUCUCCUACUGCCCCUCUCUCUCUGUCCCUCUCUCUCUCCUACUGCCCCCUGCCCCUCUCUCUCGUCCCUCUCUCUCUCUACUGCCCCCUCUUCUCUCUGUCCUCUCUCUCUCCUACUGCCCCUCUCUCUCUCUCCGUCCCUCGUUCUCUCUCCUACUGCCCCUCUCUCUCUCCUACUGCCCCUCUCUCUCUCCUACUGUCCCUCUCUCUCUCCUACUGCCCCUCUCUCUCUCCUACUGCCCCUCUCUCUCUCCUACUGCCCCUCUCUCUCUCUCUCUCCUACUGCGCCUCUCUCUCUCCUACUGCCCCUCUCUCUCUCCUACUGUCCCUCUCUAUCUCCUCCCCUCUCUCUCCUACUGCCCCUCUCUCUCUCCUACCGCCCCUCUCUCUCUCCUACUGUCCCUCUCUCCUACUGCCACUCUUUCUCUCCUACUGCCCCCUCUCUCUCUGUCCCUCUCUCUUCUCCUACUGCCCCUCUCUCUCUGUCCCUCCUAUCCUCUCCUAUCUGUCCUCUCUUCUCCUAACUGCCCCUCUCUCUCCGUCCCUCUCUCUCUCCUACUGCCCCCCUCUUUCUCUCUGUCCCUCUCUCUCCUACUGCCCCUCUCUCUCUCUCCGUCCCUCGUUCUCUCCUACUGCGCCUCUCUCUCUCUCCUACUGCCCCUCUCUCUCUCCUACUGUCCCUCUCUAUCUCCUCCCCUCUCUCUCCUACUGCCUCUCUCUCUCUCCUACUGCCCCUCUCUCUCUCCUACUGCCCCUCUCUCUCUCCUACUGCCCCCUCUCUCUCUCUCUCUCCUACUGCCCCUCUCUCUCUCCUACUGCCCCUCUCUCUCUCCUACUGCCCCUCUCUCUCUCCUACUGCCCCUCUCUCUCUCUCCUACUCGCUCUGACUCAUUAGAACCCUUUACUUCUCCUCUUCAUAAGUUCAGUUUUGACAAAAAGUGAAAUAACAUUAAUUUGACUGGCAAGACGCAUGGUCAUCCUCGUGAGAGUAGUGAACACAUUUAUUCUCUUGACAGACAGGCAAAGGGCCAGUCACAUGUUCCUGACAGAUCAUGAGUUCUUUAAACCCAGUCAGUGUUUAUUUUUUCCUCCUCUCCUCGCUUCUUCUUGUAAAUUGCGUCAUUGCGUAAUGUGCUCAGUCAUUCAAUCACUAGACGAUUAAAUUGUGUAACUAAGCAACGGGUGUGGGGUUUCGUUGUGUGAUGGCCGAGGUGUUAUUGACUGUGAGACUGUGUCUGUGACCCCUUCAGGGAAACUGUCUUGUAUACCACUUUAGUGCAUCAGUGUUGUGUAUUGCUAUGUAAGUAAAUGAUAUUAUUUUGGUGUAAUUCCAGGGCUGUUUGAUCCUGAGUGAUGAGUUAAACCAUGCCUCUUUGGUGCUGGGUGCUCGGCUGUCUGGAGCCAUCAUCAGAGUCUUCAAACACAACAGUGAGUAUCGGAAACUAGCGUCAUGAUCACCAUCUGUCUUACCUCAGGCAGCUCUCUACAGUAAACUUACAGAUCACAAUGGGACCUAACCUGCUCCAUACAAUCAACACAACACUAAAGACCAACUGUCUUUCAUUAGAAGCUCUACUCUCUGUGUGAAGCUGUUUGUUUACCGUACGUUAGAGGCUGAGCACACGUAGGCCAUGGCACCAUCCAUCCCCAGCCACCAAUCUACUGUUCCUCCCUUUCUAAUAAGACAUGACUCUGUAGUUAGGUGUGUCAGGUAAUUAUACAAAUACUGAUAUUCUACAUCUUUCAUGCCAGUGUUUUAGUUUUCCCUCAUUGCUCCUCCUGACAGACAGGGGAGAUAUAAAGCAUGAACUCUGUUAGCCAGCCAUCUUGUUGUUGUCUUGCUUUGGGAUACAACAUCUAAACAUUCAGGUACGCAGGCUGCAUUAUUCAGACCCUUUCUAUGUUCUGUCUGUCUCUAGAUAUGGUGAGUCUGGAGAAGCUGUUGAGAGACGCCAUAGUCCACGGCCAGCCCAGAACACACAGGCCCUGGAAGAAGAUCCUCAUUCUGGUCGAAGGAAUAUACAGGUAGUGUAUCUUUUUUUUUUUAGAAGUGUCAUAUGUACAGCUAUCAUCUGCAUUUUUAUUCUGCAUUUCUAUUGAACUUUCAUUAAUGAGUUCAAUAAAUAAUGGGAAUAACCCCAGCUGAAUCAGAUGCUGACGAUACAUGUAAGAAAACCUCUCUGCAGACUCCGCACGGUCUAGUCAUACAGUUAGGAACUCUUUUUACUGGGUGUAGCUGGACGUCGACUGAAUCAUUUACUAGUAUUUUGCAUUUUAUACAAAUAAUAAUAAAAUAAAAAUAGUGUGACUUGAGUUAUUUUUUAAGGUACUUACUGUAAAAGUCAAGUCAACCAAUCCAUAAUGAUCAGUAUGGUUCUUGGUAAAGCUGCCUCUCCUUAAUCAAUAUAGUUCACUAAUGUGUCGUUAAAAAUGGUCUGACACACCCUUGGGGAUCUAGAGAAACACAGUCAUUGACUUCUGACUGCAAAUAAAGAUCAAGAAGAAAGAUGCACUUUGCUUGCAUUGUUUUAGAUUACACAUAGGGUGACUUAUUCACCUGUCUUAGUACGGGUGUGUGUUCAUUUUCCAGACACAACAGUUGAUCCACAGAAUGUUUAUUGUGUGUGUGUGUGUGUGUGUGUGUGUGUGUGUGUGUGUGUGUGUGUGUGUGUGUUUGUGUGCUGUGUGUACGUGUUCAUGUCGUGUGUUUCUCUCUCUGUCUCUCCUCCCUCCACAUCUCACCCUUCUCCAGUAUGGAGGGAUCCAUUGUGCGUCUGCCUGAGGUGAUAGCCCUGAAGAAGCACUACAAGGCCUUUCUCUAUCUGGAUGAGGCUCACAGCAUCGGGGCACUAGGACCUCACGGUGGAGGGGUGGUCGACUACUUUGGUCUGGACCCCAAAGAUGUUGACAUCAUGAUGGGAACGUUCACUAAGAGCUUUGGUGCUGCUGGAGGGUACAUCGGAGGAAAGAGUGUGAGUCGGCUGUCUGACAGAGGUCAGGGGUCAGAGGUUAGGGGAGGUCAUGAUGGGGGUGUUUACCAAGAGCUUUAAUGCUGCUGUAGGAUAGAUUGGAAGAAAGAGUGUGAGUCGGCUGUCUCCAAAGGCAUUCCAUUAACUGGCUGAAUAAUGGACUAGGAAGUAGGGCUAAGUGACUCUCCAAAAUAUCUGGGAUUAGGAUAAAUGUUCUUGGCAGGAUGCCAAGACCUCUGAAGCAGCACUCGGUGCUGGAAACACCAAAACAUUCAGUUGCAACAGAGCUAUGUGCAGUGGUCCACCCUUCUAACACUGAAACUGCCUUGGGUGUUUCUCACAUAGAUCAUCUCCACUGACAUGAGUCAUGACAUCAAGUAUAUUGCCAGGUCGCAGUUGUAAAUGAGAACUUGUUCUCAACUGGUUUACCUGGUUAAAUAAAGGUGAAAUAAAUAAAUAAAUAAAAAUAAAUAUUAUGAGUGGAAGCCUUUAAUAUAUUCGGGGAUGGUUACUGAUACAGUUUACUGAAAAAGUUUCGGUGUGGUGGUUUCUUCAUCAACAGGACAACCCGGUUUCAUAAUUGCCCAAUGAUAUGAGACAUUUCCCACAGUACUUACUGAAAACAGGUUUCCAUGGCUCAGUUGGACCAUGUUGUUUGAUUUCAGAAUAGAUCCCAUACUGGCUUCAUUCUUUCUGUGUGUUAUAUUAGAAUGACAAUGGUCUCUUCUGUCCCCCAUAGGAGUUGAUAGACUACCUGCGGUCCCACUCCCACAGUGCUAUCUACGCCACCUCCAUGUCCCCUCCCGUGUCCCAACAGAUCAUCACUUCUAUGAAGAUUAUCAUGGGGGAGGACGGCACUACUCUGGGUGAGUUUACCCAGCAAGCCUCCCUCAGCUGGGAGGGACCACACUGUGUUGCUGAAUGAGAACUAGUUAGUAUCUCAAAUCCUGCCAUCAGUUACAUUUGACCCCUUUUUAUAUGUACACUGAACAAAAAUAUUAACGCAACAUGUAAAGUGCUGGUCCCAUGUUACAUGAGCUGAAAUAGAAGAUCUCCGAAAUUUCUCUCAAAUGUUGUGCACAAAUUUGUUUACAUCCAUGUUAGUGAGCAUUUCUCCUUUGCCAAGAUAAUCCAUCCACCUGACAGGUGUGGCAUAUCAAGAAGCUGACUAAACAGCAUGAUCAUUACACAGGUGCACCUUGUGCUGGGGACAAUAAAAGGCCACUCUAAAAUGUGCAGUUUUGUCACACAACACAAUGCCACAGAUGUCUCAAGUUUUGAGGGAGUGUGCAAUUGGCAUGCUGACUGCCAGAGCUGUUUCCAGAGAAUGUAAUGUUAAUUUCUCCACCAUAAGCCACCUCCAACGUCGUUUUAGAGAAUUUGGCAGUACAUCCAACAGGCCUCACAACCCGCAGACCACGUGUAACCACGCCAGCCCAGGACCUCCACAUCCGGCUUCUUCACCUGCGGGGGAGGGGGGGUGCUGAGGAGUAUUUCUGUCUGUAAUAAAGCCCUUUUGUGCGGGAAAAACUCAUUCUGAUUGGCUGGGCCUGGCUCCCCAGUGGGUGGGCCUAUGCCCUCCCAGGCACACCCAUGGCUGUGCCCCUGCCCAGUCAUGUGAAAUCCAUAGAUUAGGGCCUAAUUAAUUUAUUUCAAUUGACUGAUUUCAUUAUAUGAACUGUAACUCAGCUCCUGGAGAGCUAUAGAGUGUUACUAUCUGGGUAGGUAGUUCUCUGGUUAUAGGUUACUAUCUGGUUAGGUAGUUCUCUGGUUAUAGGUUACUAUCUGGUUAGGUAGUUCUCUGGUUAUAGGUUACUGUCUGGUUAGGUAGUUCUCUGGUUAUAGGUUACUAUCUGGGUAGGUAGUUCUCUGGUUAUAGGUUACUAUCUGGUUAGGUAGUUCUCUGGUUAUAGGUUACUGUCUGGUUAGGUAGUUCUCUGGUUAUAGGUUACUAUCUGGGUAGGUAGUUCUCUGGUUAUAGGUUACUGUCUGGGUAGGUAGUUCUCUGGUUAUAGGUUACUAUCUGGUUAGGUAGUUCUCUGGUUAUAGGUUACUGUCUGGGUAGGUAGUUCUCUGGUUAUAGGUUACUAUCUGGGUAGGUAGUUCUCUGGUUAUAGGUUACUAUCUGGUUAGGUAGUUCUCUGGUUAUAGGUUACUAUCUGGUUAGGUAGUUCUCUGGUUAUAGGUUACUAUCUGGUUAGGUAGUUCUCUGGUUAUAGGUUACUGUCUGGGUAGGUAGUUCUCUGGUUAUAGGUUACUGUCUGGGUAGGUAGUUCUCUGGUUAUAGGUUACUAUCUGGGUAGGUAGUUCUCUGGUUAUAGGUUACUGUCUGGGUAGGUAGUUCUCUGGUUAUAGGUUACUAUCUGGUUAGGUAGUUCUCUGAUUAUAGGUUACUAUCUGGUUAGGUAGUUCUCUGGUUAUAGGUUACUGUCUGGUUAGGUAGUUCUCUGGUUAUAGGUUACUAUCUGGUUAGGUAGUUCUCUGGUUAUAGGUUACUGUCUGGUUAGGUAGUUCUCUGGUUAUAGGUUACUGUCUGGGUAGGUAGUUCUCUGGUUAUAGGUUACUAUCUGGGUAGGUAGUUCUCUGGUUAUAGGUUACUAUCUGGUUAGGUAGUUCUCUGGUUAUAGGUUACUAUCUGGUUAGGUAGUUCUCUGGUUAUAGGUUACUAUCUGGUUAGGUAGUUCUCUGGUUAUAGGUUACUGUCUGGGUAGGUAGUUCUCUGGUUAUAGGUUACUAUCUGGAUAGGUAGUUCUCUGGUUAUAGGUUACUAUCUGGUUAGGUAGUUCUCUGGUUAUAGGUUACUAUCUGGUUAGGUAGUUCUCUGGUUAUAGGUUACUAUCUGGUUAGGUAGUUCUCUGGUUAUAGGUUACUAUCUGGUUAGGUAGUUCUCUGAUUAUAGGUUACUAUCUGGUUAGGUAGUUCUCUGGUUAUAGGUUACUGUCUGGUUAGGUAGUUCUCUGGUUAUAGGUUACUGUCUGGUUAGGUAGUUCUCUGGUUAUAGGUUACUAUCUGGUUAGGUAGUUCUCUGGUUAUAGGUUACUGUCUGGUUAGGUAGUUCUCUGGUUAUAGGUUACUAUCUGGUUAGGUAGUUCUCUGGUUAUAGGUUACUGUCUGGUUAGGUAGUUCUCUGGUUAUAGGUUACUAUCUGGUUAGGUAGUUCUCUGGUUAUAGGUUACUGUCUGGUUAGGUAGUUCUCUGGUUAUAGGUUACUAUCUGGUUAGGUAGUUCUCUGGUCCUGGAGAGCUAUAAUGGUAUAUGCGUUUGUUAAAAACCCCCACUGAAAAACAUGAUUCAGUCAUCAAUACUUAAUCAUCAAGAGCUUCCUUCAUGUGUUGAAUCUGGGCCAAAGGAUUGAUUACUGCUAUACACAAGGUUUUUACUUGCAUUAGGUGGUGGCUGGCACCACACAGUGUCAUUACCACCAGUAACUGCAAGGUGGCAGUACAGACCUGGAAAGCAUUACUGACCUUUCACUGACUCUAUUGAAACUUGCUCACAGGAAAACUGAAGAAAAGCAGAAUUUACAUUUGAUAGAAAUAUGCACUUAAAAUACAUUAAGCUGUGUGUGGAUUCUUCCAAACUAAAACACGAAUACAACAUGAAAUGGCUGUUGAGUCCUCUGGUUAAACUGUAGUUUUAAACUAGUGAAAGUUGGGUCUCCUGUCUGGUCCUACAAUAGAACACAAUCUCCUCUCUUCAACCUGAGUUCUGUCAUCAGGUACAGUGGGGUUGACGGUCACUCCUACACACACUGUACAGCAAACAUCUGGAAGUAGCUCUCCUUCCCUUCCCAGCUCAGCCCAUCCAUAGUAUAUGUAUCUCCGUAGCACCAGGCUGGGUUAAAACCUCCAGUCAGUCCCCUGCUUCCCUCAGGGUUCUGAAUGAUUGAAGCCUGUGAACUGGUAGACUUUCCCCACAUAUGGCUUUCAAAUGUCUGUCUGUCUGUAUGUCUGUCUGAGCUCCACAGUGUGUGUGUGUGUGUGUGUGUGUGUGUGUGUGUGUGUGUGUGUGUGUGUGUGUGUGUGUGUGUGUGUGUGUGUGUGUGUGUGUGUGUGUGUGUGUGUAAGACUUCCAGCCGUGUACAAAGCGACGUACCACAGUUCUCUCAGGAGUUCACUGUGCCCAACACACACGCAGAAACCCAGGCUAAACCCAGCGAGGGUCCGGGUCACUCCAGGGUUGUGUUACUCGUAACAGGGAGGUUCCUCCCGUCUCCUACCAAGGUAGUUUCCCAUAAUCACAGAUCUACGAUCAGAUUACUCUAUACCCAACCCUAACAUUAACCAAUGGGGGAUGAAAACAUAUCUGAUCCGAUAUCAGUGGAUAGGGACAAAGUGGGCCACAGUACUGAACUGAUGCAUCUGCACCGUCUCAAUGGUCCAGAACAGUCUCAGACAGACACAGAGACACAUGGAAAUGGCUGAUCUCACAGUCUUGACCUAAUCACUUGACAGUUUUCUCAGGAAAGAGUAACGUUGGCAGUUUGAUUGAUUGUUCACAGCCUCAUGUGUUUGAAAUUCAAGCCUUUUGAAGUUACUGCCAUGGUUAGAUCACUAGGAGAGAUAGUAAGGCUGUGAAUGUAUUGGCCAUAGUGCUUUGUGCCAGAAUGGCUGACUGGGUUUAGAAUCUCAGCCUAGAUGACCCAUCAUACUGAAACAUCUCCAUUACACAACCAGAAUGACUUUCUCUGGUUUGAAGCUCAAAUCAAAUAUCUGGAUAGGACAGACAAUUAAAAUAAAUAUUUCAUAUCAGGGUGGGACAGGGAACAGUCAGGACAUUCCUACCAGAGAGCCCGUCAAUAUAAAAGGAAUGUGAAACAAGUGGAAAGCGAUUCCUCCUGAAAAAUAUCCCUCUCUUUUUUCAGCUUAAAUCACUCUACAGUUCUCACAGAAUGGUUUUGAAUUCCUGGGCUCAGGGAAAAAAAAGUGUGUGAAUUUAAUUUCAGACUUGUGUCUUAAGAAACUUUGAAGCUGUAUGUUUCUGUCUUUCAAAAUGAAAUGGCAGAUGCUGGUUUGGAGCUUUUUUCUCAUAUUGCUGAACUCACACCAACACCUGUACCCACUACCCAGGCCUAGUGAACAGGCCGGUACUACCGCCUAAGACCUAAGAGAGGUCCCCUGGCUGCCAGCUUGUUUCUGCCCUCUUGCCAACUCCUUAUGGGAUUGACAAUGACAAUGGAGAAGGAACAAACUCAAACCCAUCAGGCGAUAAGGGAGGGACUAGAAUACAGGGUGUGAGCACCAGUCCUUUAAUGGGUGUGGUUUACCUGUUAAUGGUUUUACUGGUUAAUGGUUGUAAUCACUAACGGUUUAACAGGUUUACUAAUGGGUUUACAGGUUAAUAGAUUAAAUAGAGAAUGGUUUCAUUGUGUUGUUUCCAGGUGGGGUUCGUCUGAGGCAGCUGUCAGACAACACUACGUACUUCAGGAGGAAACUGCGAGAGAUGGGCUUCAUCAUCUAUGGCAACGAUGACUCUCCUGUCGUACCAAUGAUGCUCUACAUGCCCGCCAAGAUAGGGUAGGUCUGGUAACGGCUAGUUAGAGAUGGUUACCACAACACACCAAGAUAGGGUAGGUCUGGUAACGGCUAGUUAGAGAUGGUUACCACAACACACCAAGAUAGGGUAGGUCUGGUAACAGCUAGUUAGAGAUGUUUACCACAACACACCAAGAUAGGGUAGGUCUGGUAACAGCUAGUUACAGAUGUUUACCACAGCACAAACAACACACCAAGAUAGGGUAGGUCUGGUAACAGCUAGUUAGAGAUGUUUACCACAACACAAACAACACACCAAGAUAGGGUAGGUCUGGUAACGGCUAGUUAGAGAUGUUUACCACAACACAAACAACACACCAAGAUAGGGUAGGUCUGGUAACAGCUAGUUACAGAUGGUUACCACAACACACCAAGAUAGGGUAGGUCUGGUAACAGCUAGUUACAGAUGGUUACCACAACACACCAAGAUAGGGUAGGUCUGGUAACAGCUAGUUAGAGAUGGUUACCACAACACACCAAGAUAGGGUAGGUCUGGUAACGGCUAGUUAGAGAUGUUUACCACAACACACCAAGAUAGGGUAGGUCUGGUAACAGCUAGUUACAGAUGGUUACCACAACACACCAAGAUAGGGUAGGUCUGGUAACGGCUAGUUACAGAUGUUUACCACAACACAAACAACACACCAAGAUAGGGUAGGUCUGGUGACGGCUAGUUAGAGAUGUUUACCACAACACAAACAACACACCAAGAUAGGGUAGGUCUGGUAACAGCUAGUUACAGAUGGUUACCACAACACACCAAGAUAGGGUAGGUCUGGUAACAGCUAGUUACAGAUGGUUACCACAACACACCAAGAUAGGGUAGGUCUGGUAACAGCUAGUUAGAGAUGUUUACCACAACACAAACAACACACCAAGAUAGGGUAUGUCUGAUCAGUCUGCCACGUCACAUCUUGGUCAACCCUCACUGUUUUAGUGUAAAUAACCGCAGUGAACAUGAUCAGAUUGUUUCUCUUAAAUUCACUUUUCUCUGACACGAUCAACAUGGCAUUCCUCAGUCAGUCACAGAAUAAACAGAUUGUUCACACAUUGGUCACAUGGUCUCUAAACCCCGCUCUCUGAUUGGUUCUCUCUCAGGGCGUUCGGUAGAGAGAUGUUGAAGAGGAACAUUGGGACGGUGGUGGUUGGCUUCCCGGCCACGCCCAUCAUAGAGUCCAGGGCCAGGUUCUGUGUGUCUGCCGCCCACACCAGAGAUAUGUUGGACAUGGUGAGUCAACCAAUCACAGACCACACAGUCAAAGGACUCCUCCCCCUCUCCAUGGCACCAUCUCUGUCUGCAUCUUACUGGUUAUUUUUCAGAAGUGUUCUUCUGUCAGUCUCUCACUCAAUAGGGUUUGUGUUCAUCACUAGUUAUAUUCUAUUAAACUCUCUGUGGUGUUAGUAUAGGAAGGAAGGAGAAUAAGCUGCACACCUCAAGUCUCUGUGGUCCUAGAAUUAGGUCCAGUCCAAUUGAUGGGAAUGGUUAUGGUUGGUUACAAUCAUAUGUCAAUGGUUAGAAUGUAUGGUGAAUACUUUAUUUAUCCUUUGAGACAACAGCAUCAUCAUUUUAAUAGCUGAAGGAAUCCCUCCACAUCUCUUCAAAGCAGUGAGAGUGACUGACUGACACUUUCCCAGUAGUGAGUCAGUCAAGCCUGUCUUCUGACUGUCAGGGCUGAUGUGCUGCAGGUAUGGACGACAGGAAAGGCAUUUCAAUAUGUGCUUUAUUAGAGGGGGUGAGAGGGUUCAGAAAGGAUUUUUCUUUGCCUGGCGCAAUGGAACCAACAAAAUCCUCCCGUAAUUGCCAAGGCCACCCAUCUGGCACACACAGGCAGGUUUUUUGGAAGAACACAUACUAUUUGAACCCAGUUGUGGGUGGGAGUGACUUGGAAGGACGACAGCACAGGCCAUUACUACGGUUGAGCAGUGAGCUCUGACAUAGUUUUAUUUAGACAUAGUCCAAGGACAGUCCAUUCAUCUUUUUGAUGUGUGUCAACACCGUUUUUAAUAGUCCAUCACAUCAGCUUCACUUGUUGAAAUGUAUGAAGACACUUUGUCUCUCUCUCCUCUCUUUACUAAAUUCAGAGAAGGUAUAAAAAAUAAAGAAAAUAGAAAGUCGAGAAAGGUCGAUUGUUUCCAGGUGGGUUGCGGACCGAUGGUAUUGCAGGACAGAUAGCUCAGUUGUGUUUUCUUUGUUCACCCUUACGCAAAUGGCCCCCAUUUUUCUUCACUAACAAUUUCAUCAGAUGAAUUUCAGGGUUCAGCAACCCUCACAAUGCUGUAAGAAACAUCACCCCCCCCCCCCCCCCCCCCCCCCCCUCCCCCCUUGUAAGCUUGUAAUUUCUCCACAGUAAGGGAUCUUGCUUCUGAGACCAAAUGUAAUGGAUCCAGCACUCUCUCUUACUGUUGUUGAUCUUCAUGUUGUGUAGCUUGUCAAUUAUCCACAGUAAGGGAGAAGUAGCUUCUCUUCAUUCCAAUUGUUGUUGUUCUAGCUUCUCUCCUCUCUUCCCCAGGCGUUGGAGGCCAUCAGUGAGGUAGGGGAUGUCUUACAGCUGAAGUACUCCAGACACCAGAAACAUCCUCAUCUCCCCUCUUCCCAGGGUUCAUGGUCCUCUGAGGAGAGUCUGCUCCAGGAGCCCAGCCAC